UGUGUUGUCUUUGCAUAUUGUGUGAUUGCUAAGUAUCAAAAUUGAGUGUUAGACAGGUCUUGUAAAUACUUGUUGAAUAUAUAUGGACAGUAAUCUCUGUCUAAAUUUGUAUAUCUGUAUGUGUACAUUAAGUGUCCUUAUAAACCUAUAAACACUUGACUUCACAAGUAUGUAUGUAUGUUUGAGUAUGGAUACAAAAAUGCAUGCACGAAAACAUCACAAAAUAAAGCUACGUCAAUCAACUCUCUUAUUAAUUUUUGACAGUAUGAUCAUCACAGACAUCACCAUAUUUUGGGGAACAAAAAUGUUUUACCCUUAAUUUAAGUAAAAUUAAAAGAAAUAAUUAAACAACAUACACACGCACACACCCUGUCUCACACACAUGCAUACACACAUUUUCUCUUAAUAUAACAAGCCGUGUAGAAGCUCCACUUGGUCCCAAGCAGAGGUGACAGCGUAUAUACAUGAACCCGGGUCCUGUGAAGAUCCUUGUGCUAAGAUGAGGCCAUGAGCUAAUAAAUAGCAGACAAUUGCAGGAUCUCGAGAAGAGUUGAUGGUUUUGGCCAUUGGUGACAUUGUCAACCAGUUGAUCCAAGCUCAUGUCCAGAAAAAAGAUGUUAAUUUAAAUACAGUGAAAUGCAAAUCGUCCAGCAAAUAUGGCCUGGCAAGUCAACCGAGGCUGGUAGAUAUCAUUGCUGCAGUACCACCUCAGUAUAAAAAGGAAUUACUUCCCAAAUUAAAAGCCAAACCAGUUCGAACUGCCAGCGGUAUAGCUGUUGUUGCUGUGAUGUGUAAGCCACAUAGAUGUCCUCAUAUUGCCAUGACAGGAAAUAUAUGUGUUUACUGUCCUGGGGGACCCGAUUCAGACUUUGAAUAUUCUACACAGUCAUAUACAGGUUAUGAGCCCACAUCAAUGAGAGCAAUUCGAGCUCGUUACAACCCUUAUUUACAGACCAGACAUAGAGUUGAACAGCUGAAACAACUUGGUCACAGUGUUGAUAAGGUGGAGUUCAUCGUAAUGGGAGGAACUUUCAUGUGUCUGUCAGAAGAAUACAGGGACUUCUUUAUUCGUAACUUGCACGAUGCUCUCUCUGGCCACACCAGUAAUUCAGUAGCUGAGGCUGUUAAAUAUUCAGAAAAGAGCCGGACGAAAUGUAUUGGAAUUACCAUAGAAACCAGACCUGAUUAUUGUCUCAGAAAACAUCUAAGUGAUAUGUUGGCCUAUGGCUGCACUCGUCUAGAAAUUGGUGUACAGAGUGUCUUUGAAGAUGUUGCCAGGGAUACCAACAGGGGUCACACAGUAAAGGCUGUUUGUGAAUCAUUCCAAAUGUCUAAAGAUGCUGGUUUCAAGGUUGUGUCUCAUAUGAUGCCAGAUCUACCAAAUGUUGGCCUAGAGAGAGACAUCCAACAGUUUGUUGAAUUCUUUGAGAAUCCGGCUUUCCGACCUGAUGGAUUAAAGUUAUAUCCUACACUUGUCAUUAGAGGAACAGGUUUGUAUGAACUUUGGAAGACUGGAAGAUAUAAGAGUUAUCCUCCCAGCACGUUGGUGGAUUUAGUGGCCCGUAUCCUGGCACUUAUUCCACCUUGGACAAGAGUGUACAGAGUUCAAAGGGAUAUUCCAAUGCCCCUGGUGACUUCCGGUGUUGAACAUGGCAAUUUGAGGGAACUGGCUCUUGCCAGGAUGAAAGACCUUGGCACCCAGUGCAGAGAUGUGAGAACAAGGGAAGUUGGAAUUCAAGAGAUUCACCAUAAAGUCAGACCUUAUGAGGUUGAACUCAUUCGUCGAGAUUACGUUGCAAACAAAGGCUGGGAAACGUUCCUUUCCUAUGAAGACCCAGAACAAGACAUCCUCGUUGGUUUACUACGUCUGCGCAAAUGUUCCGAGGAAACUUACCGUCUAGAACUCAAGGGUGGCUGUUCAAUUGUGCGAGAACUCCAUGUUUAUGGAAGUGUCGUCCCUGUACAUGCUCGAGAAGUAACAAAAUUUCAACAUCAGGGUUUUGGUAUGUUGUUAAUGGAAGAAGCUGAAAGGAUUGCAUUUGAAGAACAUGGUUCCACCAAAAUGGCUGUUAUAUCUGGUGUUGGCACAAGAAAUUAUUAUCGGAAAAUAGGAUACGAGCUGGAAGGUCCUUAUAUGACGAAGAGUUUAAUAAAAUCCUGAUAUGGAAAAAGGAAAUGAAAGAGCGAAAUAAUGAACCCUGCUGUUGUCAUUUCAAUCCUUCAUUCCUCAGCAAGAACAUUCAGGGACAAUAAUAUGUGACAUCUUGUGUGAUUUGUGGAAGGCUUUUACAGUAAGAAUGAUAAGACAGGCAUUUGCCUGCCUUUGCAAUAUAUGUAAAUAUUAUUUUAAAUAUUUAAUAAAAAUUGUAAAAUAAA